AGCGAGUGAGUCAGUAGUAGCGGAAUACCCGGUGGUGCUGGAGGGUGCCGGGCGCGGUGGCUCUGGCGUCGGUGUACAAAUGAACAAUAUUUUUAUAGUGUUUUAUAAGAAUUUGUUUUAAUCGUCACGCGAAGUACCUGAAAAGAGAUUGUUAAGUUUUGUAAAGUAUGAACAUAGAUAUAGUGUGAUAGUGCUAUUGUGAUGUUACCUGAUCAAAAGGAGAGCAAGCGUUAAGCCGAGCGCGCCCGAGCCCCAUCGCGCCAUGUUGAGCGUGCAAGCCAUGAUCCACCGCCAGGAGGCCGCCACGCCCCUGCGCAAGCCGGACAAGGCCUCCAACCGGCCCGACUCCAGCGGCAGCGGCAAGGGCAGGAACAAGCGUAAGGCUGGCAAGAAGAAGCGCGACGCGGCGGCGGGCGGCGACGACGCCAUCGGGGACAUCUUCGGCGAGGUGCGCCCGCCGCCAGGCAAGGGCGAAACUGAGGGCCGCGCCGUGGUGGCGCGCGAGUGGCUGCUGCUGCGGAACACGGAGGCGGAGCCGCAGGGGAGGCUCCCUCUCGCGGGGGACGCGGACGCUGGUCGUCGCAGGGCGGACCCCGGCCACAGCCACGUCCCCAUCAGGAAGAAGGAUUCUCGGGCGGGGAAGAGCAAAAAGGACGCCAACGGGAACGUAAGGAUACUCAAGGAUUCCAAGACCUGCGGUGAGGACGCGGCGGCCACGGCACCGGCGGAUACGAGCGCGAGAGGCAGCGUGGGUGCAGGAGAAGCCCGCGAAGACGCGAGCAGGACGGCGCAGGGGAGAGAGGCGUCGUUCUCGGCCGAGGGCGCAGGGCGGCUCCAUUCGCAGCUGGACCCCACAGACGGUACGCCCACGAAGGAGGUGGUAAUCAUAGACAAGCGACAGCCGCAGGAGAGCGCGAGGAAGAGCCGUCACGGGACGGCGGACGCGCCCUCCGACAAGAAGGAGCGGCGGGCCGGCGUCGGCAAGAGCUCGAGCGUGAAGCGCCACAGUUCCGGCCGGAGCACGGGGUCGGAGGGGAGCACGCUGAGGCGGUUGCGGGGGCGGACCACGCAGCGCAGCAGCGCCGCCACGCAGACACCGCCAGGGUCGCACACGGACCUCCACAAGUGCGCGCCGCCGCCGGACAACCGGCGGGGUUCCUACAGGAGCCACGAGGUGCCGGGGGCACACAGCGCAGAGCACAAGCCACACGAGGAGCCGCCACGUCGAGACAUCUCCGUGGGCAUCCCCGGGGCCUCGCUCCUGCUCAAGCUGGUCAUGCCGCGAGACAAGCGCUUGAGCAGGCACUCCGGGGGCUCGCCCUCCAGGGACAUGCCGCCCACCGCCUCCCCUGCCGUGACUCGGACGCCCGCGUCGCCUCCCCUGCCGUGGUUCUGGCCGCCUCUCCGUCACGUGGAGGCCGCCAACCCAGCGCACCCGAUGCCUCCGCUGACGCAGUCGAGUCGGCGAGGCGGCGUGGCCGUCGGAGGAGGGGAGGCGGAGGCGGCGGGCGGCUGGUCGCCCGUCAUGGAACGCGUCGUGCCCUUCCCUCCGAGAGCGGCGCCGCCCGUACCGCGGCCGAUUCAGGGCGACCAGCUGAGUGUGUCUAGCAUGAACAGCAGCCUCGCCGGCCACACGUAUGAGCAGGUCAACUUCGUCAUAGAGCCUCCCAUCUCAGAGGGAAGGGAAAACGAGUACGAACUCGAUAACGUGGGCGCGCGAGGGGAGGCGUUUCCUUCUAGCAUACACGAAAAAAGUUCCUUUCGGGAGAACACACCCGAAUUUCUGCGGCCGAUGGCCCCCCCGUGGCAAGACUCUGCUCUUGGAUCAAGAAGGCGUCCCAGCGACGGCCAGUGUUGGCCAGAUCCACUGGAAAAAGCAGCAAGACAACCCAUUGUUAUCCCAGGUCAGGAUUCGGUCCAAGCAUCGGGGAGACGACGGCCCUCGAGCAAAAGGAAGCGGAAAAAAUCGCGGUCUGCGGCGACCACGACAGACGAUUCUUUAGUCAGCAACAGUGGCUUUCAGCAGGAUCUCCAUCUGAUGAAGGAGGGCAGCGUAGAGCGCUUGGGGAGGCGUGGAUCCUGGGAGGAAGUCAGGAGGGUUCCGCCGGCGUUGUCUUACAACCGCAGAAGCAGUUCUUCCACCAUACCCGAAGAGGCCCGCCCUCCCGUCAUAAGUGCGAGUAACAGAAGCAGUGGUUUGCGAGGCACGCACACUCUAACCAUAGACAAACCUCUGACGGUGGUGGUCAGUGAAGAUAAUUUGCAGAUGACGAGCUCGGUCUCGGUAAGCUUACCCAUCUAUCAUAACGCCUCCUCAUGUGAUGAUGACUCGGGUCCCUUUGAAGCGCCCAGAGAACCAGCAGAACCAACAGCAACAAAAGACGUAAAAAUUAUACACAGGCUGCUAGAUAUUGUGAACCAGGAGGAAGCGAAGGUCACUCAUUCGCCCCCAGGCCAGCGGCACAACGUUCGCCGCCGCGGCCUCUACGUCCCCCUCGAUCCCGAGACGGACACGGAAGUCAGAUCGGAAUCGGAAACCUUCGUGAGCAGCCAGGAAGCCUCGGAGCUUCGUUUGUCGGACCAGGGCUCACUGAGCUCCUCCUGUAUUAGGUAUAAUGUUACUCCACAGCCGUCAGAUUCUUGUGUGGACCUUGAGAGCUCCUCUCUGUCUUGUUUAGAAUUAGACAGCAGCUUGGAGCCGUUUGUCCCGCCUACCCUAGAGCGUGAAGAUAGUGAACAGUCAUUUGUAGUGCUCGGGGGCUCUCCGUUAUCUCUGGGAGGCCGUGGAGGUACUCCACAAUCCCUUGGCGGGCGUGAGAGCACUCCACAGUCUGUGGGAGGGCGUGAGGACACUCCACAAUCUCUUGGUGGCCGUGAGGGCACUCCACAGUCUCUUGGAGGGCGUGAAGGUACUCCGCAGUCUACAGGAAGGCGCGGUGGAACUCCACAGUCUCUCGGCGGACGUGGAGACAGCCCACCGUCCUGCGCCGAGGGACCGAAAGCCCCGAGCCUGUAUGCGAAGCGUCUUGGAGCGUCUGAGCCCUACCUGAAUCGCCGGAGCAGCCUCAAGACGUAUGUGGACCUCAAAGCCACUCCGAAUCGAGAGGACGAGAAGCCUCGAAGUGACAUGUCCCUGGAGGAGAAAGUAGAGAGCUUGGAAGCGGCGCAAGGGCGGCGGUCGUGGGAUCGCGGGGACCAACUCCAGUGUCCAGUUCAUGGGACCGCCAUUCCUUACCAGGUUGGCACCGCGGUUGCGCUGCAACGCCGGCGCUUUCGGCGCGCCUCGCUCCCCGCUCAGGUCAACCCCGAGCCGCGUCCGUCCCUCCUGCAGCGGAUAAAGAGAACGCUCAAGAGGAACAAGCAUCCCGAUGUGCUGCCCGACGAGUUUCCUUUCGGAAUGAGCUUCGAGCGCCGGCUCUCGGAGAUCCUGCCGCCGCCGGUGCUGGAGUCCCCCCAGUCUCCGCCAGGGGUCGCUUGCUCGUGCCCUGACCCCGUCGAGGACUUCAGGCGCUUUCGGCCCCGCGUGGGGUCGCUGGCGUCGGCGGUCAGCAGCGACGAGGAGGACAAGACGCAGCGGCCGCCCACGCCACAGGAUGGAUGUGAGCGAUGGCGUUUGGAGGGCGAGGUGUGCCGCCUUCAGGAGGCGCUCGGGCAACGCCUGGGUACUCCUGCUAUGAUGGUGCGGCGCCGUGAUCACCGUCUGCACACUAUCAACACAAUUGAAAAGACCAUCCAGCGGUUGCAGCAGGACGCCGUCAGGAACCACAACAACCAGAACAACCAAAAUCACUUGCAAGACCAACAGAGAGGUUCUUCACCUGUGGAACACCCUUCAGACAUCAUGGAUGCUGUGAAUGCUAACCAGGCUCCCGAUGAGGAUGGCACAACGGAGGAUAUCAGUGAGAUCCGGGAGUUGGACUCACUGCAGUCAGAUACGCUGACUAUCCACUCAGCAGAUGGGGGUAGCCAAGGCAAGGGCAGGACAGCUGCCGCAGGCCAACAGGAUGCCGACAAGGCUGAAUGCACUCGAGAAAAGCUGUUCCAACCUCACCAGAUUCCUACAGGGAAAAUGCCACCAGCCAUUGAGGCAGUUCUGAGGGGGACGUGGCCAUUUGAGAAGGCACUAUGGCACUCGAGCCCUGCAUCCAUGGGCAUGCCCUUCAAGAAUAAUAAUCAGGAGGUGCCUGGCAUUAUGGCAACAUCUAGUGUAACAAAUAGACGAGCGCAGAGCACGCAGCAGCUUCUUACAAAUAAGGUUGAAAUGGUCUAUGGCCUUUUGUCCAUGUUCUCCUCGAGUGACAGAGAUGACAUGAGCCGUACUCUUCUGGCUAUGUCCUCCUCCCCGGACUCCUGUGUGGCCAUGAGGCAGUCUGGAUGUCUACCCUUACUUAUACAGCUGUUGCACGGAUGUGACGGAGAUGUUCCGCCCACAAGAGAGACGCGGCUUAGAGCAGCACAAGCCCUUCACAACAUCGUCCAUUCUCAUCCAGACGACAAGCGCGGACGAAGGGAAGCUAGGGUACUUAGACUCCUAGAGCAGAUACGGGACUACUCAGACUACUUGUACGAGCGUCUGGAGCGCACAAGUGCAGGUCGUGGACCCCUGCUGGAGGAUGAUAUGGAUCGGCACCCCUGUCCUGCAAUGGCUGCGCUCAUGAAGCUCUCAUUUGAUGAGGACCACCGGCAUGCUAUGUGCUCACUUGGGGGCCUGCAUGCCAUUGCAGAGCUCAUAAGAAGGGACCAUGAUGGCCAUGGUUCUACUACAUCUGAUCAGUACUGCAUCACAUUGAGAAGAUAUGCAGGAAUGGCCCUAACAAAUUUAACUUUUGGUGAUGGAACCAACAAGGCUUUGUUGUGUUCCUUCCGGUCAUUCCUGCGAGCGCUUGUGUCACAGCUGCAUUCACCAAGUGAAGAUCUGAGACAGGUUACAGCAAGUGUGCUACGUAAUCUAUCAUGGAGAGCAGAUGGAGGAAGCAAAGCAAGCCUGCGUGAUGUAGGAGCAGUUUCAAUUUUGAUGCAGGCAGCUCUCAGUGCUCGUAAGGAGUCUACUUUGAAGGUCAUUCUCUCAGCUGUCUGGAACUUGUCUGCUCACUGCAGCAUUAACAAGGCUGAAAUAUGUGCUGUGGAUGGAGCAUUAGCAUUUAUCUGCAGUACUCUUACCUACAAGUCUCAGUCUAAGACUCUAGCAAUUGUGGAGAACGGAGGAGGAAUACUCAGGAAUAUUUCUAGUCAUAUUGCUGUCAGAGAAGAUCUCAGGCAGGUGCUGAGAGAACAUAAUACUCUAAGCAUACUUUUAGGUCAGCUACGUUCACCAAGCUUAACAGUUGUGAGCAAUGCCUGUGGAACUUUAUGGAACCUUUCAGCCAGGUGUUCACAGGACCAGCGCACAUUAUGGGAGCUUGGUGCUGUUCCUAUGUUAAGAUCACUCAUUAAUUCAAAACACAAGAUGAUAUCAAUGGGGUCAAGUGCGGCACUGAAGAAUUUGCUACAAGCGAGGCCAGAGGGAAUGCCCUUGACUGACCCACGUCAUGGCAUGGGCCUCCCAUCCUUACAGGCUCGAAAGCAGAAAGCCUUAGAACAGGAACUGGAUCCCUCCCUCUCAGAGACAUGUGACAACAUUGAAACCUCACCAAGAGCUUCACCAACCCAUCCACAAGGCAGUGAUCCACAUUUUUAUGGACAGCCUGGUGAUGGUCCACAGUAUUACCCAGGGGCACGGCCAAUGUUCCACUCCUUAGGGGCACAGUAUAAUAAUGUCCUACGAUCUGAGAGCAGGGACUCGAUCUCCUCAACCCAUUCUGACAACUCCCAUGACCGAAUGCGGCAGUUGUUGAUGCGUCACCAAGCUGGCCGUGAGCCCCUUGUGGAGAAUGGAGGAAGGCCCUUGGAUGGCAGACCCCUUGAUCUAUCACUUAGGUCCAUGGCUCCUCCAUCCCAUGGUCUCCCAGACAUUGCAAGGAUGAGUCAGGAUGAAUUGCAGAGACACUUAGAUUCCCAAGAGUUCAAUGGAAGUGCUGAUGAGAUAUUUGCCUCUCGAGUGCGUAACAUGAAAGAUAUUUACAGUCAUCAGCCAGGAGAUUCAGGGCAGUUCCCUGACUCCACAGGGAGCAGCGGGAGCAUUCCCAGAAAUGGAGCAUUCCGUGGACAAGGCCCUCAGCCACCCUACAGCCCAACGGCAACCCGUCGGCGAUCGUCAAGCACAAGUGACGAGGAAAGAACUGGAAGUGGAAGAAACUUUGCCAAUGGACAGCAGCCCCAUAAUGAGGCCCAUUAUAACAUCUACACAGAACGACCAGAACCUCAGAUUGACAAUUAUGUCGGAGAAAGAAGAGAAACAAGGAAGACAGAAACCCAUAAAGAAGCUGACAGAGAACAAGAGGAUUUCACAGGGUACACUGAAACAGAUUUAGACCAGCCAACUAACUUCAGCCUGAGGUACUCCGAGGAACGUGACAGCGAUGAAGCUGCCUUGUACCGGCGCCCUCCAAAAGCCCCGCAAGAAACCCCAUCUCAGUUCUUCGAGCCUUCUGUUCACGAUGAUUCUGUCAAGACCUACUGCACCGAGGGCACGCCCUAUGAGACCCCCUACAACUUUUCCACUGCAACAUCUAUGACUGACCUCCGUGAGCCAGCCAUCAAGGAAGAGAUUGAGAGGGAGAAGUCUGUGUCUCCCGGUGAAGAGAAGAAGGAAAAGGACCUGAAGGUCGAUGACCUUGAGAACAUUGAGGACUCCGAUGAUGCACGUGACACACUGGAGCCCCUUCCCUCACAGACUGGCCUGCCUGUCAAGAGCGGUCUCAGCUCGGGCAUGAUGACACCCGACAAGCCCAUCACCUACUGUGUUGAAGGGACCCCAGUGUGCCUCUCAAGGUUCUCAUCCGUUUCUUCCUUAACAAGUGGAGAAAUCAAUGCCAAUAAUGACAGGGAUGGUCUGAUGGGUGACCUAUCUGAGGAUGGAGAGCAGAAGCCUGAAGUCGUGAGUCAGGAGAAGAAGGGGAGACUGCAAGAGCCAAGGAGGGAAGCCGAACAAGCUGACACAACUAGGGAUGGAAGUCACACUCCCUCCUCUCAACAGCUGGAUAGACCUGAAGGCAAGAGUGUGCACUAUGAGGAAACGCCGCUUAUGUUCUCGCGAGCCACGUCGGUCUCCUCACUGAGCAGCUUUGAGGUCCAGUCCAUCCAUGAUGAUCGCAGCUCUGUGGUCUCAGACUUCAGUCGGUUUACCAGUGGUGCCAUAUCUCCAAGUGAUCUGCCAGACUCCCCUAGUCAGACUGUUCCUCCUAGCCCCAAACGGUCUCGCCCACCAUCCCAACCAUUUAAGCCACCCCCCACUCAUACAGAGCCAAGAACAAGCACAGGUGUGUUCAGUGAGGCUCCCAAAGCCUGGGUGGAGGAGGGCACUCCCGUAGAAUUCUCUCGCGCCACUUCGCUCUCCUCGCUCACCAUUGAUGAUGAGCUCCCCCUCACUGUGGAUGUGGUUCCCAGGGACCGUCUUCGAGGUGAUGGCAAGGAUAGCAGUGAGAACACCGCGAGUGAAGGUUCCAGAGCGGCUUCGCGGGGGUCGCAGAGAGGGCUCCAGAUCCCUUGCUCCAACAUUCCAAGAUUCCACACACAGAAACAUGAGCAGCUAGAGUCUGAGGUGCAUGGUGAGGAUGAGCCUAAGGACAAGAAAGAUGAUGAAGUCGAGACCCGGUCCCGGGAGCACUCGCAGACGCGCUCAAGCACACACUCAGACUCUGAGAGUGAAAACAUCCUGGCGGAGUGCAUCAGCUCAGGAAUGCCCACCAGCACACAACGUAGCAGCAAGCAAUAUAGUGGUCGGGGUCCCUCACGGAUUGGAAGGCCAGCGGCAGUCGCUGCCCCCAGGUCGAGCAUCCCAGUCGCCAAAGCCGCCAACCUGCCUACCCAGAUCCCAAGUGCCCCCACCCAUACCCAUGCCCAGCAGGGCAUUGGCGGUGGGGUUUGGGGAGGAGAUACCCUGCGCACCUACUGCACAGAGGACACGCCUGCCAACAUCUCUCAUGCGGCUUCCAUCUCGGACCUGUCUCAGCUGUCAAUACCUGGGGAGGAAUCUGGCAAGGACCUGCAUGGCCCAAGCUUGCGUCCCAGUCUCAAUGACUCUGGCGACAACUCCUCUGACAAUGACAACCUCUUGGAGCAGUGCAUUCAAUCUGCCAUGCCCAAGGCUCGUCCUGGUGCAAAGGUGAAGGAUGUUAAGAUUGGAGUGAAGCGUCAUGGAACAGGUCAUUUAUGCAGUCAUGGAGUUCCUCCUCCAACAGCCCCAGUUCUGCCAUCUCCAAGAAGGUCCCCUCAUCAUAGACCGGUACCAGUUGCCAGGGUCACUCCUGCUGUCAAGGUUGCUGGAACUCGAGUCUCACCACAUCCACCCAGUGGUAUCGAGGAUACCUCCAAGGAUCAAGUGCGGAUGUGGGCCACAGAGGGCACACCUGCAACUUUCUCUCGUGCAGAUUCCCUUUCCUCCUUGAGCUGCGAGGAUGAAAUGAACCGUGCCAGCCGGGAUCCUAGCCCUCGCACCCCACAAUCUCCACGGGCAAGGACUCCCCAGUCACCACAGCCUCAGGCACAGACAACUCGACCAAGGACACCUCAGUCACCACGCAUGCGAAGGUCUAGACAACAGCACAUGCAACAGCGAGGGCAAGAAAUGGUUGAGGAAGAUGAAGAAGUACCAAAGCAGUUUGCUGUGGAAGGCACCCCAGGAGUAAUAUCUCGGCAUUCCUCACUAAGCUCUUUGGAAGGUGAUAGUCCAGUCAUUCAGCCUCAAAAUGCACCACAAGCCACUGGAGUUCAUAAAUACGGAGUGGAAGAUACACCUGUCUGCUUCUCAAGAAACUCCUCUCUUAGCUCUCUGUCUGUUGACUCCUAUGGAGAAGAAACAACGCCCACAGAACAGGCCUUAUUGCAGCAGUGCAUCAGUCAAGGGAUGCCCAAGAGUAAAUCAGACUUGGAAGGCCGAAGGAAGCGUCGUGGAGGAUCACGCAUACCAGCCCCAUCUUCCCGAUCACCAGCACGUCUUGUACCUGGUGUCCCUAUGCAGAGACUCACUCUUUGUAGGGAACAACCAUCAUCCCCGUCAAAAAAUGUGGAGGCGACGGCGGCAGCUGUGGAGGAAGUGGAGACAGAUGCCGUCCUGUACACUCCGGACGCGGAGAGCUCGAAACUACGCACGGACUCGGAGCAGAGCGAGAAGAAUGAGAGAGCAUACAGACAUGUAGAGGAAGAGGAAAUUGAGGAUGAAGAGGAAGAGGAAGAAAGUCAUACUGACCAUACAGAAAUUGAGUCUGUGAAGACAACAACAACUGCAGAAAUUUGUGAUCUCAAGAGUGAAGUAACAAGCGAAGGGAGUGCUGCUACAGUUGUGACCCAGCCCUUGAGAAAAGAGGAAAAAUCGCCUGUGGAACCUGAAGAGCAGCGUAUCAGUGAAGAGUCAGUGGAAGGCAUAGGAUCAUCUCCAGAGGAAAAACAAUCAUGGGAAGACCAAAGACGUUCUGGUGAUAAAUCAUCGCCAUCUGAGGGAAGAGGAUCUGAUACCUCAGUAACAGCAUCCAUGUCUGAGUCAGGCCUAAUUGCAGUAGAAGCAAUGAAGGUAGCAAGAGCAGUUGCAGGAGAAGCAAAACUUAUGAGCAGUGAUGAAACAUCUCACAUGUCCCAUAGCAUAGCUAGUGCUGCUUCAGAUGCUUGUAUCGAUAAUAUCAAGCCACCAUCAGCAAUGGGAAGUCUGGCUUCAAUGUCCAAUAGUCUCACAAGUAGUGCUGAGGAACGUCUGCCUCGCACUGGCAACCGUCGCUUAGAAUGCCGUCACACACGACGUCUUCCUGAAAUGGUGCGACGGGCACUUGGAGACCAGGACUAUGGCUCUAAUGAAAACAUGGCUAGUAUGGCAAGCUCUUGCCAUUCUAACUUAGAUAACAUCCCACCACCAUCCAUGCUUGAUGAUGAUAUGGAAAACUCAAUGAUCAGUGUAGCCUCCAUAACUUCUGAGGUAGCAGAACAGCGCGAGUCACCGCCUUCUCCUCCUGUAGACCACACUGCACAGGUUGCUGCUCCUGCUCGUCAGCUGGCUGCUAUCUUCCGUCAGGAGGCCAUGAAUGCUGCAUCCACACUUACCUUGACAGGUGGAGAUGAAGCUUCAACCUACCAGGAGAUCACAGACAUCACUGAGCAUGAAGAUACAGUUGGCCCUGCAAGCGACACAGAAAUGGCAGCAGAUGAAUUGCCAUCAGAUAUCCCUGAUUUACCCCAAGAUGGCUUCUCUUCAGCAUCUCAGUCUUCUCCCCACAGACUUGGCACACCCCGGUCUCGAAGACAGCAGGCAAAGGACAGGUUCCGGACCUUCACAAGAGGUGAUGGAGAAAUGUCUGAUGCAACACCAUCACAGGAUACAGAUCCGACUCUGGUAGAAGUUCUACCCUCAUCACCCUCAGUCACUCGAACACCAAAGCAGCGUCGUCAGGACGAUUCUGAAAGAUUUAGAACUCGCACUAUAUCAACAGAUAGUACACUAACUAACACUCCUUCUGAUAUGGGUUCUAUUGAAGCAGAAAAAGAAAAAAUCAGUCCACGAAGAUCUCCAAAAGAGAGACGUCAACAAGACCCAAGUCGCUUCCAAACUCACACCAUUAGUGAGAGUCCAGCCACUCCAGAGACUGCCCAGGAAGCUGCAGGACUGAAAAUUGAAGAUCUAGAAGCACCAUCAUCACCGCCAAAGCUGCAGGGUAAGCAGUCAUUUAGGCAGCGAAGGCAGGAGGAUCGGGAACGAUACCAAACAAGAACCAUUGAUGUGCCAUUAUCUGACAUAACGCCAGAUGCUGAAGCACAGGCUGUAGCAGAUGAAGACAAAGAGGGUGAUGGAGAAAUGUCUGAUGCAACACCAUCACAGGAUACAGAUCCGACUCUGGUAGAAGUUCUACCCUCAUCACCCUCAGUCACUCGAACACCAAAGCAGCGUCGUCAGGACGAUUCUGAAAGAUUUAGAACUCGCACUAUAUCAACAGAUAGUACACUAACUAACACUCCUUCUGAUAUGGGUUCUAUUGAAGCAGAAAAAGAAAAAAUCAGUCCACGAAGAUCUCCAAAAGAGAGACGUCAACAAGACCCAAGUCGCUUCCAAACUCACACCAUUAGUGAGAGUCCAGCCACUCCAGAGACUGCCCAGGAAGCUGCAGGACUGAAAAUUGAAGAUCUAGAAGCACCAUCAUCACCGCCAAAGCUGCAGGGUAAGCAGUCAUUUAGGCAGCGAAGGCAGGAGGAUCGGGAACGAUACCAAACAAGAACCAUUGAUGUGCCAUUAUCUGACAUAACGCCAGAUGCUGAAGCACAGGCUGUAGCAGAUGAAGACAAAGAGGGUGAUGGAACACUGGUUGAUUUCCAGGACAGUAAUGAAAUGCUUGAUUUAACAGCAGAACAACUAGAGGCAUUGCAGCAGGAUGCCAAUAUUGUAAUAUGUACCCUUAAUGAAACCAGGGAGGCUAUGACAAGUGAGUCAUCAGACCUUCUAAGUGAAGAAAAUAUAUUAGAUAUAGAAACGCUUAGCUUGAUAUCAAAUGAAGAUGAACUAGAUUUGAAAAAUUUUCUUAGGGACGCAGAUGAAGACCCCCCUGAUAAAGGAGAGGAGGAAGAAGAAGAAGAAGAGGAAGAGGAGGAGGAGGAGGAGGAAGUGCAGCAGAUUCUGCGUCGGCCUAGAAUUGUGAAACCAGGAGAAGAGGCACCAAGGCCCGCAGAAGAGGAUGAAGGUGCUGGGAAAGGCAUUCGGGGUCGAAGAAAACCAUUAUAUUCAAGUGCUCGUAAGUACAGUGCUACACCUGCAAAAACUGCUGCUACAUCUGCUAGUCCAGCCAGAAUUAUUCCAGUGCGCUCUACCCCUGGACGCCCUAGUUCUGCUUCCCCUGUAAAACCAUCUUCCCCAAAGCUUCCACGGGCAACUAGGGCAUCAGCUUUGCGACAAACCUCCAACAUCCAGAGAGGAGGAAGCAGUGGGGAGGAAAGCCCAACUGGGAGGGCCACAGGCUCUUCAGCAGGCAGCAGUGCAGGUUCUAGUCCUCGUUUAGGGCCUGCUGGGAGAGGCACAAUCACUCGACCAGCACGUUCUAAAUCCUUAGCAAGACCUGGCCCUGAUCCUCCGAGACCUUUGCGUCGUCAGAACACAUUUACAAAGGAUGAUAGUGAUACACCCUUAAGCCCAGAAAGAACAGUGCAAGUUGAGAGUAAAAAAGCAGCUGCACCUGUUCGGGGGAUCUCUAAACCAAGGAUAAGGAGGGACACUGUACAACCAAGCCCUUCAGUCCGCACUGCUAUUCCAAAGAGUGGUAGUCAGGACUUGAGUCCAACAAAGGGCCGCCCUCCACACAAAAAAAAAAAAAAAAAAAAAAAAAAAAAAAAAAAAAAAAAAAAAAAAAAAAAAAAAAAAAAAAAAAAAAAAAAAAAAAAAAAAAAAAAAAAAAAAAAAAAAAAAAAAAAAAAAAAAAAAAAAAAAAAAAAAAAAAAAAAAAAUGACAUGGCUGAGUGGCGUCCAGACUCAAAAAAAACUGUCAAGAAGGAGGUAACUAGUCGCAUUGCUAAUUUAUGGAAGAAAGUUGAACGAGCACAAUCCAAACCAAAAGACGAAAAGAAAGACGGACGUGUUUGGAUAUCACGGCCAAAAUCGGCGGCAAAGGAAACUCCUCCUCGACCACUUGUGAGGAGUUCCACUUAUGAAAAAUUACCAGGUGUAGAGAGUUCCAGUGCGAGCAGUGACACGGGAAAGAGUAGAACUCGCUUAGGUCUUAAAUUAGCAAAGUUAAGAGGUCGUGACACCAGGUCCUCUCCACCAUCAGAGGCCACCACACCUGUAGAUUCACGUCCACAUUGCUUAGUCAGCCCAACUCGGUCGAGAAUGGCAGAAGUUCAUGUGCGACAGUCAGAAACAUGGAGGAAGAUGGAAGAGUAA